UUGUUGGCUCUUUGUUUAUAUUAUAUGUAGGGAUGAGCAUUUUACAGCCUGCCUCUUUAUGGAAUGGCUGUUAUGAUUGUAAAACUGCGUCUGGUGCUGCUCCUAUCAAAUUGCGUAAUGAGAGAAUCCACAACAACAAAUAAAAAGUUACGACAGUUUCGGAAUAACCAAGUAAGCAAUGUAAAUACAUCAACCACAACAAGAAGAUGCAAAAAAAAUUUUGUUAAUGAAACUACUAAUUGGCAAAGGAAACAACGUUUUAAAAUUAAAAAUAAACCAAAGCAUCUAGUGCAAAAAAAUUUGAAACGAUCUAGCUACAAACACUUGACAGAGAAGCUCACGAGCGGAAGUAAAUUACCGAAUUUAAGAUUAAAUAAAACAAAGACACCUUUAUUAGAAAAAACUCUGAUUAAAUCAAGAAGGACUACAAAAAAAGGCCCAAAGUGCAAACAUCCCCACGGUGUGACAAGUGAAAUUUUUUCCCGUAUCAAACUGGAGCAUUGCAAAGAGAAACCUGUAGAAUUUAUUACGAAUAGGCAAGUUAAAACGCCCUUUAUCAACUUUUAUUUCAGUACACAGAACUGCAUGUGCUGUAAUACUUUUACUUGCACGCGAACAGUCAAGGACUCUGACUUCGAACUUCGCGAUAAGCGAAGUGUUUUCGAUUUGCAGCCUACGAAAAAGCUACGUCAAUAUGACAACCAUCACAGCUUUUUUGGAAAGAAAACACAGCUGCUGAGGGAAGAUCUUUCAACUAUGCAAAUACAUAAUUUAAGCGCUCAGCAACAAGAACUUAUACAACAACUACAGCUGGUACAAAGGCAGUACUUCAUACUACAAGGUUUUGUAAAACCAUUGCAAUUGGACUUUCAAGCACAGUAUAAUAACGGUGGUAAAGCGUUCGGGAGUUCACUAAAUAGAGGACAUCAGCAAUUACAUUUGCCACAGAACUCGUUGGGCACAGGCAAUGAUAAGUACAAUGAAACGAGUUAUUUGUUACAACAUCAACAACAAAUGCACAUCCAACAUGAUCAGAAAUUGAAUAUUCCAGUCAAUGAACAUAGACAGCAUCAAGGGCGACAACAAAAAUACAAGGAAGACAUUCACACCCUAUCAACUAGCAAUAAAAUGAAAAGCAUGCAUUUGAACAUGAAUGAUAAUAAUAAAAACAAUAACGUCACAAUAAGUGACAGCAAAAAAUUUAUCAAACUUAUAAAAUCAACAUCGAAACCACGCGACCAACAAUCAGAACAGCACAACCACCACUCAUAUAGGAUAGAAUCAGACUGUAAAUCGGUUACAAGAGAUACAUCACAUAGAGAGAGUGAUGAGAGUAGUUUAUGUGAUGGAUUUAAGCCCGCAACUAUAGAAUCCAUGGAAGGCGAUCAGCUAUUGCAGCCCACUAGCCGAUCUGCUUCUUCAUACCGUUGCAGUAGAGAGGCAAGUUUUAUUAGUUAUGAACAUUAUAAACGAAAUACCAAAAAUAAUAUCGAAAGUGGAAAUAAAAACGCUUUCCAUAAACACAAGUGCAUUAUUCGCCAAAAACAGCAACGGCAAAAAGAACUGGAUGUAAGCGAUGUAAUGAGUAAAACAUCUGGAAAUGCCGAUGACCAAGAAAGUAGCCUUAUCGGCAAUAAUAGUUUUCCAGGUGAUGACAUAUCUCUAAACAACGUCACUCAAAUGCAACGGGGACAGAAAGACACGCUGCAUCAGCAGCAGCAAAAACCGCAACUUCUUUUAGGAAAAAGCACACCUUCCCUAGUUUCGUCCCUAGUAACACUGCCCCAAUCGCUUCCGCAGCUAACGAUUUUGCCAUCUGCAGCUGUGGCACCAGCAGUAUCGCUUGCACAAUCACCACAUCAUAAUGCAGCUGCAGCCGUGGUAGUAGCAGCAGCAGUGGUAGCAUUCAGCUCUGGCUUUCGAAGUACAUCAUCAACGAAAAAGAAAUUAUUUUAG